UUAUACAACCACUCAAAUGAGCAAACAGUUUCACUUUCUAAUUAAAACCAUGAAUGUCAUCAGUUAAUAAGACAAUAAGAGACGCAUUUGAGUUUACUUGUAUUUUGCAGCGUUUUUAUUUGUGGUUGAUUAUGUUUUUGUAAAGUUUAUGUAAAUGUGAGCUCUAAAAUGUUUGUAAAUGAAUAAGUAUUGCAUGUGUAUGCUACGACUAUUGUCCCGCAGGAGCAGUAAUAAAUUUAAUUGUCCUUCAACGAACGCAGAAGGAAAAAAGGAGAUGAUAUAAAAAGAGAAACAAACAACAACAAAAAAACAAAGACUAAUGAAUAUCUUCAUUUCUUUCUUCAUAGAUCAACUCAGAGGAGCUGCAGUCAUGUCUAACAGCACCAAUAGUAGCAACAUAAUCAAGCUCACCAUAGACCUCAAGGCUCUCGACACGGCUCAAAACAGCUUUUAUGGAAUCUUCAUCGUCCUCGGAGUACCGAUCAACCUAUGGUUCCUUGUUGCCCUGCUACGGUCACCAGAAUUCCAAGCCAGACUCAGGAACAAACUGGUGUCGAGUUUACUUGUCGCUCAGUUACUGGAAACUGGUGUCAUUAUGUCGGUGUACCUGAUUGUCAAGUUUGUGUUUCGAAGUCGAUCGUUUACACCCGAAAUGUGCUCCGUGAUGAGUUUGUCCAGAAACUUAACCAUUAUACAGGAUUUUAUUGCCAACUGGACUGUUGUGUUGAUAGUAGCCGUCUUUUUGGCACAGGUGAAUGAUUUCGAUUUGUCCCACAGGCUCACUCCUUUAGCUUUGAGAAUAGUAGGCAUUGGCUUACCGGCUAUUCCCUGGUUUGUUUCCCUCUUGUUGAUCCCCAUUAUCACAAAAGUCGAAGCCAUUCCCAAGUUUUUCUGCGUUUUGGCUAAAAAGCAAUCAAUGGUUAUUUUCAAGUCACUCGACUGCAUCGUUCCGAUACUUGCAGCUACCGUUCUGUUGGCUGUGGCUGCUUUUCAGAAGCGGCGGCGCUACGCUGCAGGCUCCGGCGUGAUGAAGUCGGAGUUGAUAGGCCGUGGCCCUCAGAUUGACAGUGUCAUCCCUUAUGUCGUCAUUGUGUCCACUGCCAUCGUCUUCGACUCCCCAAACAUGACGCGCUUCUUCGGCUACCCGUUCGAGAACUGGAAUUCGAGGAUCAUCUUUGUAUACGUUUCCCAUCUGCUGGUCAACGCUCGCUCCGUGGUUAUGCCAGCAAUUUUGCUCCUCCUCCCUGAUGUGAGAGAGCGAAUCAAAACAUGGCGCCCCUGGUAUCGCCCCGCCCAGGGCAUUGACUUGACGGUCGGGUACACUACAGAACAGGCGUGAAUGGCCGAGAACACAUGUCAGUCAACGAAAUUAACAUGAUAAAUUCUUUUUGAAAAUGU